AUGCCUCGCUACAGCCAGUGGUACACACCUCUUGCUUUGGGUCUGCUCUACAGCGGCCUAGCAGGGGCACUUUCUCACCAUGCCCCAAGACAGAUUGACCGAGAAAUCCUGAAAUUUCAGGUACCGAGCCUGGUCACCGCGGACUCAUUGCACAACGUUCAUUUGGACUUUCUGGACGACAGCUUUGAAGGGCACAUCAAAGUGCUCUACGGCGACUGUCACACUGGCCUUGGGCAUCAUGAGAUCGGUAACAUUGUCAUCGCGCGUGACGCCCAUCCGGAGCGCUUCGUUUGGAUCACCCCGGCCGAUGCGCCCCAUCUCCACUGUCUCCACGCUGUUUCCGGACCGACCCUGCUCGCUCGUUCUGACCCCAUUCCGAUUGCUACCCGCUUGGCUCGUCGGGAAAGCAUCGCCAAUGUGUCUGAUGUGAUGGGCCCUUGGUUUGACGGCGUUGCGUACAUGCAAGGCAAGGAACCCGGCAAGGCCGUGGUGUCGGCAGCCAAGAACUCUUCCGUGGCCAUCCUCGGCGGUGGUAUCUCCGGACUCAUGACGAGUCUGCUGCUCAACUCUGUCGGCAUGACCAAUUGGCAUAUUGUGGAGUCCACCCAUCGGUUGGGUGGCCGCAUUCGCACCCAUUAUAUGAACAAUUCGCGGCCCGAUCAGUACCAAUACCAGGAGUUGGGGCCUAUGCGCUUUCCCAUGAACAUCACCUACGCCGAUACCAACGAGACACUCCAAAUUCAGGACAUGCGGCUGGUCCUCCAGUUGGCCGAUGUUCUCAAUGAGCUUAAUGCCGAUGCUAAUCCAGAGCUGCGAGUCAACUUUAUUCCCUGGAUCCAGAAUAAUCCUAAUGUCCCGGCAGACACUGGCGGUGUUCGCCUGCCAGAUGGCCGGAUCCCCACUGUAGCCCAGGUUGCCGCCAACUCGUCGCUGGCAUACACGCCGCCCCCCGCCAACGCCAGUGCGGUUGCGGACGCCAAAGCUCGGUACAUGGAGUACGCUCAGACAGACAAGAUCAGUAAGAUCCGGGAGGUUGCUCGCAACAUGUACCGCGCACACAAAGCGGCGUUGGAAGAUGGGUUCUACCACUGGUCGGAGGCCGCAUAUAUGCGGUACGCGCUGGGGGAGAAUGCGGAUGUCAUUGACCUCGCCGCUGGCACGUCCAACAAUCCAGUUUGGGAUGGAUUUUACGAUGAUGUCUACUUUGCAGCUACCGAAUGGCGUACCAUCGACCAGGGGGUGGAAUCACUGGCACGGGCAUUUCUACCGCACGUCACAGACAAAGCCACCCUCGGGCGGGCGGUGGCCGGGCUCUCGUACAACGAAAGCUCGGGCAAGAUUGCCUACACCUGGCGCGACUCUCCGGUCCAGAUCACCCCUGAGCGCAGCGAGGAAUAUGACUAUGCCGUCGUGGCUGCACCCUUUACCAAAGUGCGCAUGUGGGAUUUGCCGCGAUACUCGUCGAUUCUGAGCCGGGCCAUCUCCGAGACGAAUUAUGAACCCUCCUGCAAGCUCGCUCUGCUGUAUGAAACCCGCUUCUGGGAGCACCAAGAACAGCCCAUCUUCGGGGGCUGCGGCGAGGUGGACAUUCCCGGGGUGCAAUAUGUAUGCUAUCCAUCAUUCAAUCUGAAUGGCACCGGUCCCGCGGCGGUUCUUGGGGCAUAUGCCGUCGGAAGCCCGGCGCGGAGUGUACAGGCAUUGAAACCUGAGGACUAUGUGGCACUGGCGCGGCGCAGCAUGGUGGAGAUCCAUGGAGAGAUUGCAGAGGAGCAAUUCACAGGAAUUUCCCAUGUUCACUGCUGGGAAACUGAUGAACAUCAGAACGGCGCAUGGACACACCCCCUCGUUGGGCAGCAAGAGAUUUUCCUGCCUGCCUACUACCAGACCGAGUUCCAGACGAUAUUUAUUGGCGAGCAUACCUCGUAUACCCAUGGCUGGAUUGCCGCGGCUGUGGACUCCGCUGUGCGCGGCACUACCCAGCUAUUGCUAGAUCUGGGACUGGUGGAUGAGGCCAAGGCGAUUGUGCAUGAGUGGAUGGGUCGAUGGAUUGAAUUGUGAUUCUUGAGAAUUGUAACAUAUAC